AUGCCUGAAAACAAGUCUAGCGGCAGCGGAGGCUACACGUACAAGUCCUCCGGAACCAACAGCCAGGGAAACCACUAUUGUGCCCGUGACUAUGGCUCUUACGCCGCCAAUUCUAACGCCUACCACUACUCCAACGCCGAUGGAUCUUACUACUAUAGCAACGCAAAUGGCAGUACUUACUACAACAACGGCCAGGGUAGCUCCACCUACACGCCCCCUAGUGGAAAGAAAUAA